AUGAACUACGAUUCCUCGCAGGACAGCUCCGCCCAGACCAUGGGGGUUGGAUCCGGCGGCGCAGUCCUGAAUGCGACGCGCGAAACCUAUGUGAAAGCCAUGGAGUGCAUCGUGAAGCUCGCGUCAUUGCAGACGGCCUUCCACACGCUGGAUGAGGAAAUCAAGAUGACUAGCCGACGAGUAAAUGCCUUGGAGUACGUUCUGAUUCCCCGGAUCGAGGAGCUGAUUCAUUACAUUACACAAGAGAUGGACGAAGAGGCUCGUGAAGAGUUCUUCAGAGUGAAGAAGGUCGUCGAGAAGAAGAAGGUCAAGAUGGCCAGAGAGAAGGAGUUGGCACUGAAGCAGGGCAAGGAACAAGUCGCAGCAAUCGAUGCACCUAGCAUCCUGCAGACCAAGAAGGAUGACGAUCUCGUGUUCUGA